CACUACCAAAUAAAACAUCAUAAACAUCAUGUCUUUGCUACUUAAAUUUCAAUUAUUAGGAAUCAUAUUCACUAUCAUAACCCUUACAAAAGUUAGUUGCUUGUAUUUCACUUUCCCAACCUUUCACCAAAACGAUGCAAACAAAUUGUUACUCAAUAAUUCAUAUAUACAACGAGAUGCCAUACAAGUAACCCCAGAAAAUAGCAAAGCUUCGAUGUCGAAUUUAUCAGGACGUGCUUUAUACAAAGAUCCUUUCGAACUUGCUUCCUUCAACACCACUUUUGUUCUCAAUAUAACUCCUGACACUUCCCCUGGUGGAGAAGGCAUAGCUUUUAUUUUAGCUUCAGAACCAACUCUCCCUGAAAACAGUUCAGGACAAUGGCUUGGUAUUGUAAAUGCUUCCACUAAUGGAACUUCUCAAGCCGCAAUUCUUGCAGUUGAGUUUGAUACACGACAGAGUUCAAUCGAAGACGGUCCAAACAACCAUGUUGGAAUCAAUAUAAACAGCAUAUCCUCCUUGAAACAAGUAUCAUUAUCAAAUACUAAGGUUAAUCUUUCAUCUGGUUUAGAUGUAUUUAUAAGAAUUGAAUAUUCUAAUGAUGUAAUAUCUGUUUUUGGUUCAAUGACUGCAAAUUCAAAUGAUUCUAUGGAGACCCUUUUGGUAUCUCCACCUCUUAAUCUCUCUUCCUAUUUUAAACAAGAGGUUUAUGUCGGUUUCUCGGCUUCAACAAGCAAUUACACAGAGCUAAAUUGUGUAAAAGCAUGGGAAUUCAAUGGUGUAGAUAUUGGUAAUAAAAAAAAUCUUUGGUGGAUUUGGAUUAUAAUUCCAUUGGUCAUAAUCAUAGCUGGAUUAGUCCUUUUCAUGGUAUAUUUUCUAAGGAAAAAAAACACGGACAUUCCAGAAGAUACGUAUCCGAGGAUAGAGGAUCAAAUUCAACACUCAUCUAUGGCUCCAAAGAAAUAUCAACUAAAGGAAUUGAUGAAAGCAACUGGUGGAUUCAGCCUUCAAAACAAACUUGGUGAAGGUGGAUUUGGAAUGGUUUAUAAGGGUAUUCUUGGAAACAACAAAGAGGUAGCUGUGAAGAGAGUCUCGAAGAACUCGCGUCAAGGAAAGCAAGAAUUUAUUGCAGAAGUUACAACAAUUGGAAGCCUACACCACAAAAACUUAGUGAAACUCAUUGGUUGGUGCUACGAAAGCAAAGAGCUUCUCCUUGUUUACGAGUUUAUGCCUCGGGGAAGUUUAGAUAAAUACUUGUUUAACCAAUCAAGUGAAUUAGAAGUACAAUAUUCAAAAGUACUUGAUUGGAAAACAAGAAAUGGCGUGAUUCGUGAUGUCGCCCAAGCAUUGGAUUAUCUUCACAAUGGAUGUGAGAAAAGAGUACUUCAUAGAGACAUUAAAGCAAGUAACAUAAUGUUAGAUAUUUUUUACAAUGGAAAAUUAGGUGAUUUUGGAUUAGCGCGUACAAUUCAAAAGAGAAAUGAAACUCAUCACUCAACAAAGGAAAUUGCGGGGACGCCAGGUUAUAUGGCACCGGAAACUUUUCUAACAGGAAGAGCGACGGUUGAAACAGAUGUGUAUGCAUUUGGUGUACUUGUUUUGGAAGUUGUGUGCGGAAAAAGACCCGGGAAUAUGUAUGCACAAGAUGAUUAUAAAAAUAGUAUUGUGUAUUGGGUUUGGGAGCUUUAUGGAAAAGGCGAAAUUAUUAGCGCUGUGGAUAAAAGGAUAAGUUACGAAGAGAACGAGAUUGAGAGGGUAAAAUGGGAAGAAGAAGAAGAAGAAGAAGUUGAUAUUGAAAGGGUAAAAUUGGAGGAAGAAAUUGAAAUUGUGCUUAUUCUUGGGUUGGCUUGUUGUCAUCCAAAUCCAAAUCAAAGGCCAUCAAUGAAAACUGUAUUGAUGGUUCUAAAUGGUGAAGUUUCUCCUCCAAAUGUUCCUUUGGAAAGACCUGCUUUUGUUUGGCCAGCUAUGCCUUCAUCUUUCAAAGAAGGUGAAGAUAAUUCUCUUAUCAAUGGAACUCUCACUCCAUUCACUCAACUUAGUGGAAGAUAGAAAAUUAGAGAUCACAAAUAUGUAUAUAUGUGUCAGUGUUAUGUCGGUCUCUGAGACUUAUAUGUUAAUUUCUAUAUACAUUUACGAUUUGAAGUGUCAGUGUUAUAUAGUUAAUUAUAUUAUUUUGUUGGUUUCGCAUAGGACUUUUUGUGUGUAAAUUUUGCAAGUAUGAAUUGGUAUGUUGCUUGAGUAAGUGAUGGAUCAUUACCGUGUAAAAUAUGUUUCUUUUGGAUUGUUGAUGAUGUGCAUGAUCUCUUUUAUUAUUUUUUGAUAGAACAUGAUCUGUUUUAUUAUGGCACAUUUGCUUCAACAGGAACUAAAUUAAGUAAUUUGCCAGAAUAUAUGAAAAUGACUUGUUCAAUUCUUUGAAAAGAACAAGUAAAGGAUUGAAUGGAAGCAA